AUGUUAAGCGUUCUGUUGCUGGUCGCCAGCACACUAGCCUGCUCCUUCGCUCAGAUUCUCGAAUUGAAACCUGGAAGAGUUCAUGGUUUCGAAUAUACUACGAAAGGCGGUGAAGUUGCCGAAGUGUUUCUUGGGAUACCCUACGCCGCUGCACCUGUGGGAGAAUUGCGAUUUGAGAAACCUGUUCCCGUCGUGCCAUGGAAGGAAAUCCGUAAUGGGACUCAAUUCGGCGCCACCUGUCAUCCACAUGCACGUAAAGCUGCCCUAUCGCCGGAUCCCAGUGAAGAUUGCUUAACACUCAAUAUGAUUCGACCAAAGAGAACGGCACCCGCUGGUGGGUACCCAAUUCUGCUCUGGGUCCACGGUGGUGGCUACGAAAUAGGUUCAGCCAGCUUGUAUGGUUACAAAGGAUUCGCGGAUAUCUAUAUACCGCAUGAUGUAAUCGUGGUCACUCUGCAGUAUCGCUUGGGCAUCUACGGUAUUUUAUGA